AUGGUAGCUUCAAUGGAGUUGGCUAAGGAACAAGGAGCAGAUCUUGUGGAGCUUUGCAUUGGAUCCAUGUCUUUCUCCCACAUUUCAGAGAUUGAACAACUCUUAAAACAAAGAAUUUUACCUUCAAUCGUCUCCUUCAGGCACAAGUGCCCUACAAAUCCAUGCAGAUGCUUGCAAGUUCUCAAAUUGGCCAUCGAAUUUGACAUAGAGUUUGUCGAAAUCGANUAUUACAGAUGUAGCACCAAUAUUUCACAUGCUCACCCAUUGCCAGGUGCAACUAGUUGCAAGAGCAGAGACGAAGUCCUACCUGGAUUGCCAACUUUAGCCAGCAUCAAACAAGUCUACAAAUUAGAAUAUAUGAAUUCAGACACAAAAGUUUUUGGUUUAGUCUCAAAUCCUGUAGGUCAUAGCAAAGGUCCACUUCUGCAUAAUCCUGCCUUUAGACAGACAGGAUAUAAUGGAAUUUAUGUUCCUCUCCUAGUCGAUAAUGUCGAGGAAUUCUUCAAAGUUUAUUCAUGCAACGACUUCACAGGUUUCAGUGUUGGAAUACCACACAAGGAGGCAGUGUUAAGAUUCUGUGAUGAAGUUCAUCCCCUUGCUCAGUCCAUAGGAGCGGCGAACACUAUUGUUCGAAGGCCUGCCGACGGGAAGUUGGUUGGUUAUAACACAGAUUGUGAGGCUUGCAUAACUGCUGUUGAAGAUGCAUUCAGAGAACGACAAGGUGCAAAUGGACGAGCAUCAAAUGUUUCACCACUUGCUGGGAAAUUGUUUGUCUUGGUUGGAGCAGGUGGUGCUGGACGAGCAAUAGCAUUUGGUGCUAGGAGCAGAGGGGCAAGGCUCGUUAUUUUCAACCGCAAUUUUGAGAGAGCAAAAGCUCUUGCCAAGGCAGUAUCAGGUGAAGCUCUGCCGUACGAACUCCUAAAAGAAUUCCGACGCGAGAAAGGAAUGAUUCUUGCAAAUGCUUCGGCUGUGGGUAUGGAGCCUAAUGUCGAUCAAACUCCGGUUCCUAAGGUGGCCUUGAAAUCGUAUGAGCUGGUUUUUGACGCGGUUUACACACCUCGAAACACUCGACUAUUGCAAGAGGCUGCAGAUGUUGGGGCUAUAGUGGUGAGUGGUGUUGAGAUGUUCAUCAGGCAGGCUCUUGGCCAAUUUAAGUUAUUCACUGGUGGAUUAGCACCAGAGGACUUCAUGCGCAAGAUUUUGCCGGACUCUCUCGUCUCUCCCUCACCGGCACGGCUCUCCCUCUGUCCCUCACUGUCUCUCCCGCCCCUUCCGGCUCCCCGUCUGCUGUCCGCCCCUGUUGGCCGUUACCAAAGUGUUUUGCAUGUUUCUGACAUUCAAUCAGCAGAAUCGGAUAUUCGCUUGAUUCAGAAUUGCUGGAGCCUGGAUGUUUCAGAAGAAUCGGUGUAUAAGAUGGAGCUUGAAAAAACUUUACAGGCUUUGAAAGACAUUGUGCCUGCAGCACUGAACAAUAUAAACGCCAAAUUUAUACUAUUGGAUAAAGACAGGGUAACAUUAGAAGGGCAGCACAAGAGUACAAACCGUGACCACCGUCUACUGACUGCAGCAGUGCACUUCCAGCUGUGGGGUGAUGAGUGUGAUGCAUUUGAACCAGGUGACAUUAUUCUUUUGGCCAAUGGCAUAUUUUCAUACAACCGGAACAAUCUUGUUUUGAGAGCAGGCAAACGAGGGAAGGUGGAGAAGGUGGGUGAAUUCACUAUGACUUUUGUGGAGACCCCUAAUAUGAGUGAGAUACGUUGGGUGCCUGAUUCGAUUAAUUCUAAGAAGUAUGUGCAGGAAGCUGUGAUUUCUCCCCACUCACAUAUAUUCCCACCAAUGCAUUGA